CGUACAACCCACUUGAGUCGUUUGGUUGCUUGUGUGUGUGUGUCAAAAGUAUUCCCAAUCAAAACAGUCAAUUACUGGUGCGGGUUAUAGAUACAGUGUGUGUUUUAUGGAUCUAAAUGUAUAUGUGCUGCGUUGAGACGUUUGCGGUUUCGUGACAGGGUGUUGGUGACGUACGUUUUUGUGUCUUCAAAGGCAUGGACGACCAACAAAGAAUGAUGCAUCCUGUAUCGCAACAUCCAUCUGUGAGCAUGGCCGGGCAUGUUGUGCCCCAACACGGUUAUGGCAUCCCACCACAAACACAUACUGUGGAUCCUACGUCUCAACAGCCACAACCCGACCAAGAACCGCGUAAACACGAUAUAUCGGAGAUCUUACAACAGAUCAUGAAUAUCACAGACCAGAGCUUAGACGAGGCGCAAGCGAGGAAACACACGUUGAAUUGUCAUCGUAUGAAACCGGCACUGUUCAGCGUUCUUUGUGAAAUCAAGGAGAAAACAGUUCUUAGUCUACGAAACACUCAAGAAGAAGAACCUCCAGAUCCUCAAUUAAUGAGGCUAGACAACAUGUUAAUAGCAGAAGGUGUUGCUGGACCAGAAAAAGGUGGAGGUGCGAAUGCGGCUGCUAAUGCCUCUGCGGCAGCAUCGGGUGGUCCUGGUCAACCAGAAAAUACUAUCGAACAUUCGGACUAUAGGGCUAAAUUGGCACAAAUCAGACAGAUUUAUCACCAAGAAUUGGAAAAAUACGAACAGGCUUGUAACGAAUUUACAACACAUGUAAUGAAUUUAUUACGGGAGCAGAGUCGGACGAGACCGAUAACACCGAAAGAAAUCGAGAGAAUGGUACAAAUUAUUCAUAAAAAAUUCAACUCCAUCCAAGUCCAAUUAAAACAAAGUACAUGUGAAGCAGUCAUGAUAUUAAGAUCGAGGUUUUUGGAUGCAAGAAACAUUUGGAUCAAGUAUUACAUUGAAGAGGAUUCGUGAGUGAUUCUAUAUAAAACUAUUUACCAAAUUAAAACCAUAGUUAAAGAUGUAAAGCCUUAUAUCAUCUAUGGUACACGAAGAGAAGCUGUUUUAAAAUCCCGAUUUCUUUAAAAAAAAUAAUAAUAAUAAUAUUCACUCAAAAAUCUGCAACAAACAAACUGCACUUCUAGAAAAGACAUUUCGUCCAAAAAUAAACUGAAUGGAAAAAUGCCACAGGUAUAAUUUAUCAAGAUAGACACUCAGGUAAUCAAGGACUGAAGACAAAAGAACCGUUGGAUAUGUGUAUAGAAUAACCAUCCAAAAAAUAAGUGUAUGGAAGAAGAAGAAGAAUAAGAAGAAGUGGAAAAGGAGGAAGAAGAUUAAAAAAAAAACACAAAAAGAAAAUUAUGUAUAAAGAAGACAAAUGUGGUUUCUGAGUGGCAUUUUCUCCCCCUCCCGAAAAUUUUUUGCCAUUUCGUCUUAACACCACCAAAGCCAAAGGUUCAAGUGGUUAUUAUUGUACAAGCUCAUCUACAUAGAACAUUGUACAGAAUUGUAUUCUGGAUGUGUGUCAAUUAUCUUUGACUUGUUUAUCAUCAAAAGUUAGCCCCCCUCUAUUAUAGAUGUCACAGUGUUUGCUAAAUAGUGCACCAACCAUCAACAUGAUUAAAAAAAAAAAAACUUAAGAAUAAUAAUAAUAAUAUGAACUGUACGUUGAUUUCUUUUUAAUUUCUAAUUUCUUUCUAUAAAUAAAUUAGAAAUUAGACUGUUUUGUCGCACAUUUAGCACUGCCUAGAAGCGAGAAAAAAAGUUAAUAAAAAAAUACGAAAAUUAUAAAAAAAAAUUCAAGAACUGUCCGAAAGACGAGAAUAAUUUUUGUAAAUAUUUGAAAUUUUAUUAAUAGGCAAUUUUUGGAAACAGAAAAUGGAUAUUUGUUUCAAAUUAUUUUUCUUUUUUUUUCUGUUUCUGUUUCAUUUAUGUGUCUAUAUAUAGCUAUUGGAGUGAAUUUUUAAUUUUAAUCCGACACAAAUAAAAACAUCUGUUACAA